CCCCAGACAGACCGACAGACACACAGAUCACCAUCAUGCUGGCCCAGAGAAUCGCACAAAACUCGCUGCGGCGAUUGGCCGCACAGCCCAAUGCCCUCCGCUUCGCAACUCCCGCAACAGUCGCCAUGGGCCUUCACACCAGCCAGAAGAGACUCGUCGCAGCCGCCCCCGUCUCUCCCGCCCAAGCCAACGACCAAAUCCUCGCCAAACAACGACUCAACCGCCCCGUGGCGCCUCACCUCGCCAUCUACAAACCCCAAAUCACCUGGUAUCUCUCCGGCCUCAACCGCAUCACCGGUGUAGCCGUCUCAGGAGCCUUCUACCUCUACGGAGUCCUCUACCUCGUCGCUCCAUCUCUCGGCUGGCACGUCGAGAGCGCAGUCCUCGCAGCUUCAUUCGCGGCGUGGCCGGUGCUGUUGCAGGUUGCGACGAAGUUUACAUUGGCGUGGCCGUUUAUGUUUCACAGUUUUAAUGGAUUGAGACAUUUGACUUGGGAUACGGCGAGUAUGAUUACGAAUGAGAAGGUGAAGCAGACGGGUUGGGCGGUCUUGGGUGUGAGCACUUUGGCGAGUUUGGCUGUGGCCUUUUUGUAAGAAGGGGUCGGAAGAAUACGGGAAGAUUUUCAAGAAUGGGGAAGAAAGAGCUUCUGAAGAUGUACAAAGAACGUAUAAAUACAGGAAAUCUUUUGUUUUAAAGAUGAGAAUGCCCGUGACGAACAAGCCACUCCACGCACCAUGUCCAUCUUGCAUUCAUAUGUGUAGCAAACAACCCA